AUGGGCAGCGGCCGGGGGCGAGCCCUGCCCCUCUGGGCCCUCUUCCUGCUCAUCUCCUCCUCCAGGCAGCAUCAGCAGCAGCCAGAAAGUGUCCACAGCCCCUCGGACGGCGGGAGCCAGAAGGAGCCCACCCUGCCUCCAUCCAUCCUCUCUCAGAUGAGAGCUUCUGCCCCUUUUGGGAAAGUAGAUUCCCACAGCUGUUCCACCUCCUAUGUCCAUAGACCUGGUCUGGGUAGUGAGCUCCCUGUCCCUGGAGGGGUCUCCAAGCAGAGGCUGGAUGGCCACUCAUUAGGAAGUGUGUCCGGGAAGCAGAGGUCAGAGGCCAGCCCGUGGCUUGGCCUGUUUGGCACCAGCUCAGCCAAGGCAGGAGAAGCAGUCACCUGCCUCGUGGGCCUCGGUUGGGCUCCUGCCCACUGGGACCCCACUGAAGGAAGGUUCCUUGUCUCUUGGACUGUAGGGCAGGCUCAGUACCAUGCAGCAGAAGCCAGGCAUGGUCACCAGGCAGCUCUUCAGGAGCCGCAUGCUUCCUCAGGCAGCCUGCUCGGAGUCACCAUGCCAGUGAUGACCACCAUCUCAUCCAUAAGGAGUGAGUGUGGGCCCCUGGGGACAGGCAUGGCUGAGGCUCUGGAUGGUGGGCUGAGCAAGAGGCAGACAGGUGCAGUGAGGAGUGGGGGCAGGAGGGAGGCUAGGCAUACAGACAGAGGCCAGGGCCUGGGUUCAAGGCCCCACUCUGACACCAAGCAGCUGGGCCACUCUCUGCCCACAUCUGGACCUCCACACCAGCCGGCUGCUAAGAGAAGGCAGGAAGAGGGGAGUCGGGGCCGGGUGCAGGCUCACAAGCCUUCACACAACGGCCAAGUGUGCAGCACGUGGGGUGACUUCCACUACAAGACUUUCGAUGGGGAUGUCUUCCACUUUCCUGGCCUCUGCAACUACGUCUUCUCCUCCCACUGCAAGUCAGCCUAUGAAAGCUUCAACAUCCAGAUGCGGCGCUCCCCAGGGCCCAACGCCACCACGACCGUGAGCCACGUCACCCUGAAGCUUGAGGGGACUGUGGUGGAAAUGAGCCCAGACACCACACUGGUCAACAGCAACCCGGUCCAGCUGCCUUUCAGCCAAGCAGGCAUCCUGAUAGAGAAGAGCAGCAGCUACGUGAAGGUCGUGGCCAAGCUGGGCUUGGUGUUCAUGUGGAACCAGGAUGACGGACUCCUGCUGGAACUAGAUGCCAAGUAUGCCAACCAGACCUGCGGCCUCUGCGGAGACUUCAAUGGCAUCCCCACCUACAAUGAGCUCUUCUCCAACAAUGCCAGGCUGACGGCCUUCCAGUUUGGGAAUAUGCAGAAGAUGGACGGGCCCACGGAGCAAUGCCAGGACCCCCUCCCAGCAGCCCUGCACAACUGCACAGCUUCCUUUGACAUCUGUGAGACCAUCCUCAACAAUGCCACCUUCUCCGCCUGCCACGCUCUGGUAGACGUCAGCAGCUAUGUGGAGGCCUGCCGGCAAGACCUGUGCCUUUGUGCUGAAGCCAACGGCGCCUCCUGUAUCUGUAGCUCCUUGGCUGAGUACUCCCGGCAGUGCGCCCACGCUGGCGGGCUGCCCCCGAACUGGAGGGCCCUCGACCUGUGCCCCAAGACCUGCCCCUUGAAUAUGCAAUACCAUGAAUGUGGCUCCCCCUGCAUGGACACCUGCUCCAACCAGGAGCGGUCCCUGCUCUGUGAAGACCAUUGCAUGGACGGUUGCUUCUGUCCCCCAGGAACCGUCUUGGAUGACAUCAGCAGCCAAGGCUGUGUCCCAGUGAAUCAGUGCUCCUGCAUGUACAAUGGACAGUCCUAUGCCCCUGGAAGCUCCUACUCCACGGAAUGUACCAACUGCACCUGUUCCGGGGGCCAGUGGAGCUGCCAGGAUCUUCCCUGCCCCGGCACCUGCUCUGUCACUGGCGGCUCCCACUUCUCCACCUUUGACGAGAAGCAUUACACAGUCCAUGGGGACUGCAGCUACAUCCUGGUUAAGCCCUGUGAGAGCCAAUCCUUUACCGUCCUGACGGAGCUCCGAAAGUGUGGGCUGACUGACAGUGAGACCUGCCUCAAGAGUGUGUCCCUCAGCAUUGGUGGUGGGCAGACAGUGAUCAUGGUCAGGUCCACAGGGGAGGUGUUUGUGAACUGGAUUUAUACCCAGCUGCCUGUCUCCACAGGCAAUGCCACCCUCUUCAGACCUUCCUCGUCCUUCAUCAUCGCUCAGACGAACCUGGGUCUCCAGCUGACCAUCCAGCUCAUCCCCACCAUGCAAGUCUUUGUAAGAGUGGAGCCGUCCCUAUGGGGGCUGACCUGCGGUCUCUGUGGGAAUUUCAACAGCAUCCAGGCUGAUGAUUUCAAGACCAUGAGUGGGGUGGUAGAAGGCACGGCCGCUGCCUUUGUCAACACCUACAAGACACAAGGUGACUGUCCCAAUGUCAAGAAUCACUUUGAGGACCCGUGCAUGCUCAGUGCGGAGAAUGAGAAGUACGCACAGCACUGGUGUGGCCUGCUCCUCGACCCACAGGGGCCCUUUGCCCAGUGCCACGCAGUGGUUGGCCCAGCCCUUUACCAUUCGAACUGCAUGUUUGACACUUGCAACUGUGAGAAAAGUGAGGACUGCCUGUGUGCAGCACUAUCUUCCUAUGUGCAAGCCUGUGCUGUCCGGGGAGUGUUGCUGAGUGGCUGGAGAGUCGAAGUCUGCACCAAGCCCAUGACGUCGUGCCCCAAGUCCCUGACUUACCGAUACAAUAUCACCACCUGCCAGCCCACCUGUCGCUCGCUCAGUGAGCCUGACGUCACUUGCACCAUUAAGUUCGUCCCAGUGGAUGGCUGCACCUGCCCAGAAGGCACCUUCAUGGACGACGCUGGCAAAUGCGUGCCCGCGGCUAGCUGCCCAUGCUACUACCAAGGGUCUGCUAUUCCGAAUGGAGAGUCUGUCCACCACAACGGAGUCAUGUGCACUUGUACUCAAGGCAGACUGAACUGCAUUGGAAGCCAGAUCCCGAAGCCAGCCUGUGCAGCUCCCAUGGUCUACUUUAACUGCAGCAAGACCUCAGCAGGAGUGACCGGAGCCGAGUGUCAAAAAAGCUGCCACACUCUGGACAUGGCCUGUUAUAGCAAUAAGUGUGUCUCCGGUUGUGUGUGCCCGGAUGGGCUGGUGUCUGAUGGAGAAGGAGGCUGCAUUCAUGAGGAUCAGUGCCCAUGUGUCCACAACGAGGCCAGCUACCAGGCUGGUGAGACCAUUCAGGUGGAUUGCAACACCUGCACCUGCAAGGAUCGAAUGUGGCAGUGUACCAAUGAGUCCUGUUUGGCCACGUGUACCGUGUAUGGCGACGGUCAGUAUAUCACCUUUGAUGGCCAACGCUACAGCUUCAGUGGGAACUGCGAGUACAUGCUGGUCCAGGACCACUGCGGGAAGAACAGCAGUGCCAAGGGGACUUUCCGAGUCAUCACAGAGAACAUCCCCUGUGGGACCACAGGCACCACCUGCUCCAAGGCCAUCAAGAUCUUCUUGGGGAGCUAUGAACUGAAGCUCAGUGAAGGGAAGGUGGAAGUGAUUGAGAAGGAGGAUGCUUCAGGGGAGCCCCCUUACAGCAUCCGUCAGAUGGGGAUCUACCUGAUCGUGGACACCAACAGUGGGUUGGUCCUGCUGUGGGACAAGAAGACCAGUAUCUUCAUCCAACUCAGUCCCGACUUCAAGGGGAAGGUCUGCGGUCUCUGUGGGAACUAUGACGGCAACAUCAUCAAUGACUUCACCACCAGGAGCCUCUUGGUGGUGCGUGACGUGCAGGAGUUUGGCAACAGCUGGAAGAUGUCCCUGUCCUGCCCGGACGCUGUCCCCACCAGGGACCCCUGCACAACCAACCCUUACCGCAAGGCCUGGGCCCAGAAGCAGUGCAGCAUCAUCAACAGCGCCGUCUUCUCCGCCUGUCACUCUCAGGUUGAGCCCACCAAAUACUAUGAGGCGUGUGUGUCAGAUGCAUGUGCCUGUGACACUGGGGGAGACUGUGAGUGCUUCUGCACAGCUGUGGCUGCCUAUGCUCAAGCCUGCAAUGAGAUCAACGUCUGCAUCUCCUGGAGGACGCCCAGUGUCUGCCCUCUGUUCUGUGACUACUACAAUGCCAAUGGCUCCUGUGAGUGGCACUACCAGCCCUGUGGUGCCCCCUGCAUGAAGACCUGCCACAACCCAAGUGGGAAGUGCUCCCAUGACAUCCGAGGGCUGGAAGGCUGCUACCCCAAAUGUCCUCCAAAGACUCCCAUCUUUGAUGAGGAUAAGAUGGAGUGUGUCCAGAGCUGUGCUCCCUGCUACAUCAAAGGAAGGUACUUCCCACCAGGCUCCCCAGUACCCUCGGACAAGAACUGCCACUCAUGCUCAUGCACCGAGGCAGGAAUCAAGUGCACUUAUGACUCCCAAGCUUGUGUCUGCACUUAUGAAGGAAAGCGUUUUCACCCUGGGGAGGAAAUUUAUCACACCACAGAUGGCAUUGGGGGCUGCAUCACUGCUACCUGCAGUGCCAAUGGCACCAUAGAGGGCAAGGUGUAUGACUGUGACCUCACCACACCAACCCCCUCAACCACCUUCUCCUUCUCUGGUACCACCACACUGGGUCCUUUCACAACUUCUUCACCUAUUACAGUCCCGACUGUAACCAGGGUGGACAAACCAUUCACUACUCCUCCUAUACACACCAGUGUUGCACCAAGAAUUUCUUCUGGAACUGUCAGCACACCCAGCAUGAAAUCAGAAACCACCGAGUGUGUUAAAGAGGUUUGCACUUGGUCUCCUUGGCUGGAUAUCAGCCACCCAGGAAUGGGAGCCAGCAGUGGAGACUUUGAAACACUGGAGAACAUCAGAGCAGAGGGCUAUAGAGUGUGUAGAUCCCCAAAGGAUGUGGAAUGCAGGGCUGCAGAGUUCCCUGCUGUGCCCUGGCAGGAGCUCAACCAAACUGUGCAGUGUAGUAGAACACAGGGAUUAAUCUGUCACAAUAAGGAUCAGGCAUCUGGGAAAUGUGACAACUAUCAGAUCAGAAUUUUAUGCUGUGAUGCUCAACUGUGUGAUGCCCACACUGCUAUAGCUCCCACAACAGAACCUCAUCCAAGAAGCACUGGUGCUCGUGCCGUGUCAAUUUCAAGACCACAUACACCAGAAGCCAAAGGAAUCUCAAAGAGUCACCCAACCAGAUCCACUACCAUUCUGUCCACAAAGGAAACUGAGCCAAGAACAAGACCCUCGGCUUCCACAGAAAAACUUAAAACUAGCAGCCACUCUCCUAGUGUGACAACUCCUGGACUAGGGACGGUACCAGUAACAUAUCCCUGUCUUCAAGAAGUCUGUGAAUGGACAGCUUGGAUAGAUGGGAGUUAUCCUGAACCAGAUAUAAACGGGGGAGAUUUUGAUACCUUUAAAAAUUUAAGAUCAGAAGGAUAUAAAUUUUGUGAUGUCCCUACAGCAGUGGAGUGUAGAGCUCAAAGCUUUCCCAACACGCCUUUGGCAGAGCUGGAACAGAAUGUGACCUGUAGCAAGACAGAGGGGCUGGUGUGCCUGAACAAAGAUCAGCUCCCACCAAUCUGUUACAACUAUGAGAUCCGGAUAAAAUGCUGUUGGCAGGAAAAUGCCUGUAUGCCAAAAACACAGACUACAAAGACUACACCAAGAAGUAGCAGCACUGAAAUAUCACCAACAGAGACACCACGACCAUAUGGAAAAUCAACAAAAAGCACAGAAGAAAAGCCCACGUUGAAACUACCCUGUCAGCCUCAGUGCUCAUGGACCAAAUGGUUUGAUGUGGAUUUCCCAUCAUCUGGACCCAAUGGAGGAGAUGUGGAAACCUACAAUAACAUCAGAGCAAGAGGACAGAAAAUCUGCCACAAGCCUGAAUACAUCACAGAACUUGAAUGUCGCUCAGAGACCCACCCGGAGGUUAGCAUCAGUGAAAUAGGACAGGUGGUGGAGUGUAAUCCUGACUAUGGGCUCAUCUGCAGGAACCAGGACCAGAAGGGGCAAUUCAAGAUGUGUUUCAACUAUGAGAUCCGUGUCCUCUGCUGUGAACCCAUGAAGAACUGCCACACCACCACUGCUACAUCUGCAACCACUCCCACAAACACCUCAGUCAUCUCAAAGCCAAGUCCUGGGACACCCUCCCAUGUUGGGACCACCACAAUCACCUCCCCUCCCUCUUCCCCCAUUCCUGUGACCAUCUCAGUUUCCACUCCACCUGAACCAAGAAAACAAUCCACUCCUCAUACAACCGCAAGCCCUAGCACAUCUACCCACCCACCACCACCUCCCAGCUGUCAGCCCCAGUGCUCAUGGACCAAGUGGUUUGAUGUGGAUUUCCCAUCAUCUGGACCCCAGGGGGGAGAUGUGGAAACCUACAAUAACAUCAGAGCAAGAGGACAGAAAAUCUGCCUCAAGCCUGAAUACAUCACACGCCUUGAAUGUCGCUCAGAGACCCACCCGGAGAUUAGCAUCAGUGAAAUAGGACAGGUGGUGGAAUGUAAUCCUGACUAUGGGCUCAUCUGCAGGAACCAGGACCAGAAGGGGCAAUUCAAGAUGUGUUUCAACUAUGAGAUCCGUGUCCUCUGCUGCGAACCCAUGAAGAACUGCCACACCACCACUGCUACAUCUGCAACCACUCCCACAAACACCUCAGUCAUCUCAAAGCCAAGUCCUGGGACACCCUCCCAUGUUGGGACCACCACAAUCACCUCCCCUCCCUCUUCCCCCAUUCCUGUGACCAUCUCAGUUUCCACUCCACCUGAACCAAGAAAACAAUCCACUCCUCAUACAACCGCAAGCCCUAGCACAUCUACCCACCCACCACCACCUCCCAGCUGUCAGCCCCAGUGCUCAUGGACCAAGUGGUUUGAUGUGGAUUUCCCAUCAUCUGGACCCCAGGGGGGAGAUGUGGAAACCUACAAUAACAUCAGAGCAAGAGGACAGAAAAUCUGCCACAAGCCUGAAUACAUCACAGAACUUGAAUGUCGCUCAGAGACCCACCCGGAGGUUAGCAUCAGUGAAAUAGGACAGGUGGUGGAGUGUAAUCCUGACUAUGGGCUCAUCUGCAGGAACCAGGACCAGAAGGGGCAAUUCAAGAUGUGUUUCAACUAUGAGAUCCGUGUUCUCUGCUGUGAACCCAUGAAGAACUGCCACACCACCACUGCUACAUCUGCAACCACUCCCACAAACACCUCAGUCAUCUCAAAGCCAAGUCCUGGGACACCCUCCCAUGUUGGGACCACCACAAUCACCUCCCCUCCCUCUUCCCCCAUUCCUGUGACCAUCUCAGUUUCCACUCCACCUGAACCAAGAAAACAAUCCACUCCUCAUACAACCGCAAGCCCUAGCACAUCUACCCACCCACCACCACCUCCCAGCUGUCAGCCCCAGUGCUCAUGGACCAAGUGGUUUGAUGUGGAUUUCCCAUCAUCUGGACCCCAGGGGGGAGAUGUGGAAACCUACAAUAACAUCAGAGCAAGAGGACAGAAAAUCUGCCACAAGCCUGAAUACAUCACAGAACUUGAAUGUCGCUCAGAGACCCACCCGGAGGUUAGCAUCAGUGAAAUAGGACAGGUGGUGGAGUGUAAUCCUGACUAUGGGCUCAUCUGCAGGAACCAGGACCAGAAGGGGCAAUUCAAGAUGUGUUUCAACUAUGAGAUCCGUGUCCUCUGCUGCGAACCCAUGAAGAACUGCCACACCACCACUGCUACAUCUGCAACCACUCCCACAAACACCUCAGUCAUCUCAAAGCCAAGUCCUGGGACACCCUCCCAUGUUGGGACCACCACAAUCACCUCCCCUCCCUCUUCCCCCAUUCCUGUGACCAUCUCAGUUUCCACUCCACAUGAACCAAGAAAACAAUCCACUCCUCAUACGACCGCAAGCCCUAGCACAUCUACCCACCCACCACCACCUCCCAGCUGUCAGCCCCAGUGCUCAUGGACCAAGUGGUUUGAUGUGGAUUUCCCAUCAUCUGGACCCCAGGGGGGAGAUGUGGAAACCUACAAUAACAUCAGAGCAAGAGGACAGAAAAUCUGCCACAAGCCUGAAUACAUCACAGAACUUGAAUGUCGCUCAGAGACCCACCCGGAGGUUAGCAUCAGUGAAAUAGGACAGGUGGUGGAGUGUAAUCCUGACUAUGGGCUCAUCUGCAGGAACCAGGACCAGAAGGGGCAAUUCAAGAUGUGUUUCAACUAUGAGAUCCGUGUCCUCUGCUGCGAACCCAUGAAGAACUGCCACACCACCACUGCUACAUCUGCAACCACUCCCACAAACACCUCAGUCAUCUCAAAGCCAAGUCCUGGGACACCCUCCCAUGUUGGGACCACCACAAUCACCUCCCCUCCCUCUUCCCCCAUUCCUGUGACCAUCUCAGUUUCUACUCCACCUGAACCAAGAAAACAAUCCACUCCUCAUACGACCGCAAGCCCUAGCACAUCUACCCACCCACCACCACCUCCCAGCUGUCAGCCCCAGUGCUCAUGGACCAAGUGGUUUGAUGUGGAUUUCCCAUCAUCUGGACCCCAGGGGGGAGAUGUGGAAACCUACAAUAACAUCAGAGCAAGAGGACAGAAAAUCUGCCACAAGCCUGAAUACAUCACAGAACUUGAAUGUCGCUCAGAGACCCACCCGGAGGUUAGCAUCAGUGAAAUAGGACAGGUGGUGGAGUGUAAUCCUGACUAUGGGCUCAUCUGCAGGAACCAGGACCAGAAGGGGCAAUUCAAGAUGUGUUUCAACUAUGAGAUCCGUGUUCUCUGCUGUGAACCCAUGAAGAACUGCCACACCACCACUGCUACAUCUGCAACCACUCCCACAAACACCUCAGUCAUCUCAAAGCCAAGUCCUGGGACACCCUCCCAUGUUGGGACCACCACAAUCACCUCCCCUCCCUCUUCCCCCAUUCCUGUGACCAUCUCAGUUUCCACUCCACCUGAACCAAGAAAACAAUCCACUCCUCAUACAACCGCAAGCCCUAGCACAUCUACCCACCCACCACCACCUCCCAGCUGUCAGCCCCAGUGCUCAUGGACCAAGUGGUUUGAUGUGGAUUUCCCAUCAUCUGGACCCCAGGGGGGAGAUGUGGAAACCUACAAUAACAUCAUCCGAAGAGGAGAGAAAGUCUGCCUCAAGCCUGAAUACAUCACACGCCUUGAAUGUCGCGCACAGGACCAUCCCCAUGUUAACAUUGAAAAAAUAGGACAGGUGGUGGAGUGUAAUCCUGACUAUGGGCUCAUCUGCAGGAACCAGGACCAGAAGGGGCAAUUCAAGAUGUGUUACAACUAUGAGAUCCGUGUCCUCUGCUGUGAACCCAUGAAGAACUGCCACACCGCCACUGCUACAUCUGCAACCACUCCCACAAACACCUCAGUCAUCUCAAAGCCAAGUCCUGGGACACCCUCCCAUGUUGGGACCACCACAAUCACCUCCCCUCCCUCUUCCCCAAUUCCUGUGACCAUCUCAGUUUCCACUCCACCUGAACCAAGAAAACAAUCCACUCCUCAUACAACCGCAAGCCCUAGCACAUCUACCCACCCACCACCACCUCCCAGCUGUCAGCCCCAGUGCUCAUGGACCAAGUGGUUUGAUGUGGAUUUCCCAUCAUCUGGACCCCAGGGGGGAGAUGUGGAAACCUACAAUAACAUCAUCCGAAGAGGAGAGAAAGUCUGCCUCAAGCCUGAAUACAUCACACGCCUUGAAUGUCGCUCACAGGACCAUCCCCAUGUUAACAUUGAGAAAAUAGGACAGGUGGUGGAGUGUAAUCCUGACUAUGGGCUCAUCUGCAGGAACCAGGAUCAGAAGGGGCAGUUUAAGAUGUGUUUCAACUAUGAGAUCCGUGUCCUCUGCUGUGAGCCAGUGGAACACUGUCGUUCAACAGCUGCCACUUCGAGCUUUCCACCAACUAUUUCCAUGAAUCCAUCAAAUGCAACGUACAUUCCAUCUAGUGUCUUCCCAUCAGACCAUGUUUCUACUACCUUCACUACUUUGUCUCCACAUUCAAGUUCAUCUUGUUACUGUUUUGUGUCCGGAAAAGUCUACCAGUCUGAAACCAUCAUAUACAAUCGGACAGACAAUGCAGGGAAUUGCUACUCUGCCAUUUGCAACAAAGACUGCAACGUGGAGAGGGUAACAGAAACAUGUCCCACUUCAGCCCCUGCUCCUGUUCCAUCCACAUCUGCAUCUACAGCUGCAUCCACAGCCACAACCACAGAUUGUCUGAAUGUAGUACCACCCAGAAAAAAAGGAGAGACCUGGUUCAUGCACAAGUGCAAGAAAGCCACCUGCGAGGGUGACGAUGUGAUCACAUUGACACCUGUGAGCUGUCCUGCGGUAAAGGAGGUGUCCUGUGCUAAUGGCUACCCUCCUAUGAAGAUCUAUGAUGACGCUGAUCACUGCUGCUACCAUUACGAGUGUCAAUGUGUGUGCAGUGGCUGGGGAGAUCCACAUUAUAUCACCUUCGAUGGUGUCUAUUACACUUUCUUGGACAACUGCACAUAUGUGUUAGUACAGCAAAUCCACCCCAUCUACGACCACUUCCGAGUGCUCAUCGACAACUACUUCUGUGAUGCCCAGGAUGGUCUGUCCUGUCCUCGAUCGAUCAUUAUUGAGUACAAAGGCAAUCGCAUUGUGCUUACCCGGACUCUGGUCCGUGGAGUGAAGGAGAAUGAGAUUAUCUUCAACAACCGAACUGUGGGUGGAGGGUUCGAGAAAGAUGGCGUUGUGAUCUCCACCUUGGGCAUUAAGAUGUUUGUCACCAUCCCAGAGAUUGGCGUUCAGGUCAUGUUCAGUGGGCUGCUCUUCUCGGUUAAGGUGCCCAUCACCAAGUUUGCCAACAACACAGAAGGACAGUGUGGGACGUGCACCAAUGACAAGAGAGAUGAGUGCCGCCUGCCUGAUGGCAAGAUUGCAUCUUCCUGCUCUGAAAUGUCGGGUUCCUGGAAGUACCAUGUGCCCAACCAGCCUUACUGUGCUGGGCCGUCCCCCAUGCCCACGAUGCCUUCCCGCACAACAUCCAAGCCAUGCCCACCUUCUCUUCUCUGCAGGCUGAUCAUGAGCAAGGUCUUUGCAUCGUGCCAUCACAUCAUACCCCCAGAGCCCUACUUUGAGGGUUGUGUGUAUGACCAAUGCCACAUCCCCGAAAGCCAAGUGUGGUGCUCAGGCUUGGAGCUGUAUGCAUCCCUCUGUGCAGAGCAAGGUGUAUGUAUCGACUGGAGAGGCGAGACACAGGGGCUGUGUUCUCUUACCUGUCCUGGUGAUAAAGUAUACCAAGCAUGUGGCCCAAUCUACCCACCCACCUGUCAAAGUCCUCAGGGAAGCAUCAACACCAGCCUGAUCCUUGCUGAAGACAUCAGCCUAGUUACAGAAGGAUGUUUCUGCCCCGUUGGCACCACCCUCUUCAGCUCCAGUUCCGAUGUCUGUGUGCCAGCCACACCAUCUGAGUGCCACCCCUGGUGCAUAGGCCCCAAAGGAGAGCCUGUGAAGCCUGGAGCUGUGGUGUCCUCAGGUCCCUGUGAAACAUGCAGCUGCAUCCCUGAUGGCAACCCAGGGUCCAAGACGUAUGUCAUCAAAUGUGAGGCCAGAGUCUGUGACCCCCACUGCCCAGUGGGCUUUGAGUACCAAAAGAAGCCAGGCCAGUGCUGUGGCAAGUGUGUGCAGGUGGCCUGUGUGGUGCAGACCAACGACAGCUCAGUGCAUCUGGUCCAGCCGGGGAAAAACUGGUCUAGUCCUGGAAAUAAAUGUGUUCAGUAUGAGUGUGAAAAGGUCAAUGGCCAGCUCCUGUUGGUGACUGUGAAGAAGGCCUGCCCCCCUAUCCUCUGCUCCGCGGACCAAGUUAGGAGAAGUGAAGAUGGCUGCUGCCUCGUGUGUCCAUCCCAACAGGUGCCUUGUGCCUUGGUCCGCCACACACAAGUCAUCCGGAAGGGCAGCUGCAACUCCUCCACCCCACAGGAAGUGACCUACUGCAGGGGGAACUGUGGUGACUCGAUGUCCAUCUACUCCUUCGAGACCAGCGCGGUGGAACACCGCUGCCGAUGCUGCCGCGAACUCAAGACCAGUCAGAGGAACGUGUCGCUGAGCUGCCCCGACGGCUCCAGCCUGGCCUUCGCCUUCACGCAGGUGGAGGAGUGUGGCUGCCAGAGCUCGCCAUGCGACGGCGCGGACGGUGGGAGCAGCGAGGAGGAGGAUGAGCCGGGAGCCCAAGCUCCCCGGAAGGAGCAGACCAUGCGCGGGCCACGAGCAGCCGACGGCUCCCAGCCCCGGAGAUAAAAGGGGCAUCAGGACCGCUCUGGGGGAGGGCUGCGGACA